AUGGAGAAUGUCUUGGGCGACUUGGACGGCAAGACGGACGUGUUGCGCUUCAUUGUCGGUUUUCUAUCCUUCCGUGAUUGGCAAUCUCUAUCUUCAUGCAGUCGUUCUCUUGCUAGCUCCGAUCUACGUCGCUUUGUUUUAUCUCAAGGUGUUCUUCGCGUCCCUCCACCGCCAUUAGAAACAAAAGGUUCAAAUAAAAGAGAUACCGAUAAAUUACCGACUGCCAGUUACUAUGUAAACAGUUUUAUCCACCAUAUGAAACCUGAUAUGCUUCGGUCUAUUACAAGUGUAAGGGUACCACAUACAGGGGUACAUUUAUUGAAUCUUCUGUCGGUUUUAUCCGGUUUACGUUCGCUUCAAUUUUGGGACUAUCCUUAUUGGACACAGGAAAACAAAGAGCCCGUUUCUGACGAAUACGUAAUCAAUCUUGCUGCUAUACUUCAAUUACUACCACAACUUGAAGAACUAAAUGUCUCAGAUGCAGAUAUUACGUUAUCAGAAUUACUCGAUCAAACGACUGGACUACCAACAAGUAACAUUCAGUCAACAAGAGGUCACUUGAAGGUAUUAAAUUUAUCAGAGACGGACAUUGUUGAUAUCUCUCCACUUGUCAUGUUACCACAAUUACAAUCAUUAAGUCUCAGACGUACUAAUGUUACUUCAUUAUCAAUCUUAGAUACACUAUUGGAAUUACAUGUACUGGAUGUAUCCGAGACAAGAGUUGUCGAGUUUAGUGCGUUAAAGGCGCUUUCACAAUUAGAAACGCUUGAUAUCAGUAAAAAUUGGAUCACAACGGAUUUGAGUGUACUCGAGCAUUUAACAGCAUUACGAUCACUCAAGGCGACAAAUAUUAGUGCAUCGGAUUCAUUCACGUUCAAGCUCAAUUGCCGAGAACUUGAGAUUUUGCACUUGCAAAACACGAGACUAACGGAUCUUGACUUUGUGACGAAAUUGCGAAAUCUCGUCUACUUGGACAUUCGUGGGACACACGUUGGCAACCGACGACCAUUAGCUGCAUUGGAAUCACUAGAGCAGCUGCUACUAGACACCCGUGAGAGAGGUGCGCCACUGGAGCCUCUGCUGCUAGAACCGAUUGCAAAUUAUGAAUGGCUGAGUUGUUUGCACAAACUGAAAAAGUUGAGCAUGUAUAAACACAAUUAUCAAGAAGAUAUUGCCGACGUAUUGCAAGAAGAUGUUGAAGAGAGAGGAGCGACUGUUGUCUCUACGAGAGGACAUGUGAUCCCCAUGGCACAUCGGGUCCCUAGUUCGUUUCUUAAAUGUGUAAGUAGACAGGGUGGGCUGACAUCGCUCGAGUUGCCACCGCUCACGAACUACGCGCCUCUGACUUUGUUGUCAUCGACACUGCACCACCUGCGACUGCAACAGUGGUGUGCUGACGACUUGGCACAGAUUGUGGCCGUGGGUGAAAUGCCAGCAUUUACGAGGCUAUCGAUGUCGCUGCCUCCUAUGGCGCAAGCUAUGGAUCUUCUCCCUCUCGAGGGUUUUGUGCAGCUGACUGAACUUGAGCUGCUUGACGUACUUUUCGAAGACUUGUCUCCUUUGGGUGCGCUUGUGAACUUGAAGAAAUUAGUGCUAUCCCUCCUUGAUCGUAGAAAGCGGCAGCUAGCACGUCGACACAAGGAUCACCAGACUAGUCUCGACUGUCUUUUGCAGCUUACAGAACUAGAAGAGCUUUCGCUGGUUGGUCGUGUAGACUUUAAAGACGCUGCACUGCUUUCCGGAAUGCAUAAGAUGCGGCGUUUGUGGCUGAAUGCGACCAAGAUUGAGGACGCGACUCCUUUGGCCACCUUGACACAUCUAGAAAUACUGGACCUGGGACUCACGCCUUUGACGUCAUUGGAAGGCAUUCCAAAGCUGCUAAAGCUACAAUCGAUUUGGAUUCCCCAAGCCGUCGACUGCAAAGCACUUCGAGAUGUGGCCAAUUUUCCACGACGAGUUUGGUGCGUGGCGUCCGCGUCGCUGACCACGGCAGAAAAAGACCACUUCAGCCAAACUUUGGAUCGAGACAAAGAACUGCUUGCGUUGUUAAUGCUACUGGCCGAUGGUGACAGCACAGACUUCGCGAAAAAGCUGAGCCAGUAG